AGGACCCAGCGAGACACAAACAGCCCCAGGAGACAGCCGGACGCAGCCCCUGCUGCACAGACCGACGCCCCCAGGGACCCCCAGCUCGAGGACCCCCGACCCCGCCUGCAAUAGGCCAUGGCCUCGGCCCGGCUUGAUGCCGCCCGCCUGGUCCCGACGCCCUUUGAAGGCCGGUACCUGGACGCCUGCGACUACUACAGCCUGACCGAGCGCUACGCGGUGCCUGAUGGGAGAGGCCGGAAAGGGCGUACCAAGCGGGAGGCAGCAGCCCACACGAACCGGCCCAGCCCAGCUGGGCACGAGCGCAAGUUGGCCACCAAGCUGCAGCGAUCGGAGCGGCGCCGGGCGGGCAAGGAGUGAGCGGAGCCCUGCCCACAGCUCAGAGCCUCGUUAGCGAACCCGGUUCCGGACCCCAUGGCACACGGCGACACGGAGACGGACACACGGACAGACACACCAAGAUGGCUGCCACCCAUUGGGCCUGGUGGCCAUGUUCUCGCUAUUGCCACGGUGACCUCAGUGACCCUGUUGUCAAGGCGACCCUUUUGACCCCCCCAUGGCAACCAGGUUUAACCUGUUGCCAGGGUGGCCAUUUUGAACCCCCCCUUUGGAAGUCCUAGACACCCCAUUACCAAGAUGGCCAUUUUGAAUUUUCCCUGCAGCCACCAUCUUGGGCCCAUUGCCAGGGUGGCCAUAUUGAACCCCUCUGAUGGCAACCAUGUUCAUCCCAUUGCCAUGGCAACCGUGGUGACCCUGUUGCUAAGGUAGCCAUUUUGACCACCCCCUAUAGGAACCAAACUCCACCCCUUUCUUGGGCAACCCCAUUGACCCUCCUCAUGGUAGUCAUAUUGAUACCAUCACCAUGGUGACCAUGUUGACACUCCCCCCCCCGCUGCCCAGGCAGCCAUACUGAACCAUCCCCAUUUCAGCCAUGUUCACUUUGUUGCCAAGACGGCCAUAUUGGCCCCCUGCCCAUAGCAACCAUGCUCAACACCUUUGUCUGGGCAGCCAUUUUGAGCCCUUGGCAAAGGCGGCCUAUUGAAACCAUUGCCAAGACAACCAGUGGAACCCCUUGCAAAAGGCAGCCACAUUGAAACCAUCACCAAGGCAACCAGUGGAAACUCUUGGCCUAGGCGGCCAUAUUGAAACCAUCGCCAGGACAACCAGUGAACCCACCCCGACUCGGCAGCCAUGUUGGAUACAGGGGAACCUCAGGUCCCAGGGGGCUCAGAGUGGUCAAAAAGGGGUGAGGAAAGGCACGGGGUGGGUAGCUCUGUAGCUGCCCCUCCUCUGGCCCCGGCACUGUUGCGGGGUGAAAAAUAGUCAAUAAAAUGGGGGGGAGUUCUGAAGAAAA